UACGGUCGGGUGCUAUCGUUCCCAUCGCGACUCUCAUCAGCGGUCAUCUACUCGCUCGUGACCUGCACGUCAAAAGAAAAGCAGUGAAUGUGUGCAGCUAGCUGAUCGUAGAUUUUUUGGCGAAUUUCCUUCCUGUUAUGGUGUGCGAUACGAAAUAGUUCCGGGAAAUUGGUGAAAAAUUCACGCCAAAUUCUCGUCUUCCAAAGCCCCCCCGAACAAUUGUGGUGAGGUGGUGAUUGCGUUGACCGUGAUCCUGAUUUACACCGCAAGCUCGCAAGGAUUGCAAAUUGUAGUUGACUGUUUUUUUUAUUGUGUGUCUCUGACAGUAAUAAUCGAUUAUCUAGUCUUUCCGUGUAUUGUGAAACCAAGAGUGGUGGCGAGUGCGUAAUUUUCCUCCAUUGGUGCAAGUAGCAAGUGAGGAAUCUCUAGUUCCGUACCGGUUCCAUCUGAUCUGGCCGAGGCCGUUUUUGCAAGCCGAAAAGCCAAUCUUUCCUUCGGAAAGAUGCUGCCCUUCAGUCCACCAAUCGUGAAACGCUUACUGGGCUGGAAGAAAGCUUCCGCGGAUGAUUCUGUGGAGGGCAAAUGGUGUGAGAAAGCCGUCAAAAGUCUGGUUAAAAAACUGAAAAAGUCUGGAGCCCUGGAGGAACUAGAACGUGCCAUUACGACGCAGAACUGCAACACAAAAUGUGUAACAAUUCCCAGAUCUCGUCCAGCAAACGGUGAAAAUGGAGUUGCGCUAAGGAAAGGUCUUCCACAUGUGAUCUAUUGUAGACUUUGGCGUUGGCCCGAUCUACAGAGCCAAGCAGAGCUAAAAGCGCUAGACAUUUGCGAGUACGCGUAUCACUUGAAGAAGGACGAAGUUUGCAUCAACCCGUAUCAUUACACAAAAGUGGACUCACAGCAGCCGCUGACGAUUCUUGUUCCAAAAAACCUAUCCACACCUCAGGGAAGCGAAAGUUCCGUUACCUACACACUAGAUGAUUUGAGCAAUACCGUACCGGUUAAUAUUCAGUACAAUAACGCUUUAAAUGACAACUAUGUAACCAGCCCCCAUCCCGUUCAGCAGCAGCCCCAGCAGCAUCAUCAAACCGCAUCGCCAUACAUGGAGGCCACGCUGGGUCAGCAGAUCCCGACCAACACCACGAUUAUGGACUCGGUGAACGUCGGUGUAGGCAAUAUACCAAACACCGAAACGCCACCGCCUGGUUACAUGUCGGAAGACGGUGAUCCUCUUGAUCAAAAUGAUAAUAUGACGGAUAUGUCCCGUCUGUCGCCUGCAAUGGACGCACAACCGGUGAUGUAUCACGAGCCCGCAUUCUGGUGCUCGAUAAGUUACUAUGAGCUGAACCUGCGCGUCGGUGAAACGUUCCAUGCGUCACAACCCUCGAUUACGGUGGACGGCUUCACGGAUCCAUCUAACUCAGAGCGAUUUUGCCUGGGUCUGCUAUCCAACGUAAACCGCAACGAAGUGGUCGAGCAAACACGUCGCCACAUAGGGAAAGGCGUUCGGUUGUACUACAUCGGUGGAGAGGUGUUCGCCGAGUGUCUCAGUGAUUCUAGCAUUUUCGUACAAAGUCCCAACUGUAAUCAACGGUACGGCUGGCAUCCGGCUACCGUGUGUAAGAUACCACCUGGAUGUAAUCUAAAGAUUUUCAACAAUCAGGAAUUCGCAGCUUUACUGUCACAGUCCGUAUCGCAGGGAUUCGAGGCUGUCUAUCAGCUAACCAGAAUGUGUACAAUUAGGAUGUCGUUUGUUAAGGGAUGGGGCGCGGAGUACCGACGACAAACUGUUACCUCAACACCUUGUUGGAUUGAAUUGCAUUUAAAUGGUCCACUGCAGUGGCUGGACCGAGUUUUAACCCAGAUGGGUUCACCACGAUUGCCAUGUAGUUCUAUGUCUUAAGCGAAAGCAAAAAGAAAACUUGAGAAAGUAGAAACAAACGAGAUUUACGAGAGAAAAAGAAAAAAACUUCGAAAGAAUCUUUACGAUUCAUGCUAUAUAGACGUUGCAAAAACAAUGAGAGAAAACAGAAAGAGAUAGAAAGCAAACAAAAUAUCAAACAUUUUCUAAUUGUAAGGAAUGCUAAUAUUUACGCGAGGAAAUUGUGUGUUAAUCGAUUUAUACCAGUUUUGAUUAGAUUUUAUUUAAGUUUAAACAUAUGUUUUCACUAUUAAUCAUUGCUUUACUUCGGAAAGCUGGAACAAGCCAAGCUUCCUCCCCACACGUGGUGAUAGCUGGUAGUAGAAUCAAGCUGGAUGCGAACAGCAUCCUUUUACUGAGUUGUACAGGUGCAAAGAGUGCAUAUACUUAUUGGUAAAUAAUCAUAAAUAUUGCGUUUGUUGUCAGUGCUCUUGUUCUACUUUCGUUUUUGUAAGUAGCGUUUGUGUUUUAUCAAUACCUAUUUGCAUACUGCAAUAAGCUUUAUUAUGUUGGAAGAUUAAUGAAAUCUAGAUGAUGCAUGAGAAAACACAUUUUGUUGAUAAGUAUAUUUUAUAACAUUGUUGAAACGCGAGAAGGAAAUUUAAAAUUUCAAAAUUGUCUACUACUCACUAUUUUGGAAUACGAGGCGGACACUAAAACAAUCAAAGCUAAUACCUUUGGUGUAAAACGACAGGUGAUUUUUCAUUUAGGGCCCAUCAGUGGAUUAUUGGGAGGAUUUUGUUUUUAUGUGAUAGAAACGAAACUUCUGUUCAAAAGCAAAUAAAACAAAUAAUCAGCGUAGUGUUUUCUAAGAAAGUUUAACGAACGUUUCGAGAUGAUAGGGAUAAAAUUAUAAACGUGCAAAGCAUGAUGAGAAGAGAAUAAACAUUAAGCAGAUGAGUGAUGCAUAUAUGAUGUUUGUGACCUUUUUAACCUUUUGUCCUUUUUUCUUUUUUGAAAGAACACAGAAGAGUUAGUGACACAGAAUUUAGAAGUUAGUUGCUUGAAAUACAUAUAACAAUAGAACCAAUGAAA